GUUCGCGGUGGCGGCGGGCGCCCGGUGAGCGCGACGGCUGGACUUGCCGGCCGGCGCCUUGGGGGCGGCCGCGGUGGAGGCAGCGGCCCGAGGCCGCGUCCGUCCAUGGACCCGCAGCGGCCCGGCGGCGGGGCGGGGCGCGAGGCGGCGCGCGCGCUCUGAGGCCGCGGCGAGCAGGCGGGGCGCGGCGUGAGCGGGGAGGCCUUUCCGGGCCUGCGGCGGCCAGCGCAAAAUGCGGCGGCGGCCGCGCUGAGUCCCGACCUCCGGGAGCGCGCUGGGCCGAAGUGGCCCGCGCCGCGGCCGCCCAGGCGACAUGUCGGCGGCCAAGGAAAACCCGUGCAGGAAAUUUCAGGCCAACAUCUUCAACAAGAGCAAGUGUCAGAACUGCUUCAAGCCCCGCGAGUCGCAUCUGCUCAACGACGAGGACCUGACGCAGGCUAAACCCAUUUAUGGUGGCUGGCUGCUCCUGGCUCCAGAUGGCACUGACUUUGACAACCCAGUGCAUCGCUCUCGGAAAUGGCAGCGAAGAUUCUUCAUCCUGUAUGAACAUGGCCUCUUGCGCUACGCCCUGGAUGAAAUGCCUACCACGCUCCCUCAGGGCACCAUCAACAUGAACCAGUGCACAGAUGUGGUGGAUGGGGAGGCCCGCACAGGGCAGAAGUUCUCCCUCUGCAUUCUGACGCCUGACAAGGAACAUUUUAUCAGGGCAGAGACCAAGGAGAUCAUCAGUGGGUGGCUAGAGAUGCUCAUGGUGUAUCCCAGAACCAACAAGCAGAACCAGAAGAAGAAACGGAAAGUAGAGCCACCCACCCCACAGGAGCCUGGCCCUGCUAAGAUGGCUGUCACGAGCAGCAGCGGUAGCGGUGGCGGCGGUGGCAGUGGUAGCAGCAGUAGCAGUAUUCCCAGUGCUGAGAAAGUCCCUACCACCAAAUCCACACUCUGGCAGGAGGAAAUGAGAGCCAAAGAGCAGCCUGAUGGGAACAGCCUCAGUCCAGUUCAGAGUCCCAGCCAAAGCCUGCCUCCUGCUGCUUGUACCCCACGGGAAACAGGGCUAGAAAGCAAAGAAGAUGAAAGCACCAUGAGUGGGGACCGUGUGGAUGGUGGUCGGAAAGUACGGGUAGAGAGCGGCUACUUCUCCCUGGAGAAGGCCAAGCAGGACCUGAGGGCUGAGGAGCAGCUGCCCCCACCACUGUCCCCACCCAGCCCCAGCACCCCACACAGCAGGUAUGGUUGUCCUGGAUCGCCUUCACAGGAACUCGGCCACCCCCUUCAUUCCCCAGGUCUUCCAGCCCUAAGCCGCAUGGUCUACAGCAUCUACCCUGACAGCCUCGGUGAGGCCAGCAGGCCACCCAACCACAUGGACUCCAGCAGUGCUGGGGGGUGGGGAUCAGAGAUACUGGGGAGCACCUUUGCCUUUAAAGCCAGCAGGCAGUAUGCCGCCCUGGCCGACGUCCCUAAGGCCAUCCGGAUCAGCCAUCGAGAAGCCUUUCAGGUGGAGAGAAGGCGGUUGGAGCAUAGGACUCGGGCCCGGAGCCCUGGCAGGGAAGAGGUGGCCCGACUGUUUGGCAACGAGCGGAGGAGGUCCCAGGUAAUUGAGAAAUUUGAGGCCUUGGACAUUGAAAAGGCAGAGCACAUGGAAACCAACAUGCCGAUUAUGACCACUCCAUCAAGUGACACUCGUCAGGGCCGCAGUGAGAAACGGGCCAUCCCUAGAAAGCGGGACUUGGCCAGUGAGGCCCCCACAGCUCCUCUCUCAGACGCUUGUCCCCUGUCUCCACACCGAAGAGCCAAGUCAUUGGACAGGAGGUCCACAGAAUCCUCCAUGACGCCUGACCUACUGAAUUUCAAGAAAGGCUGGCUAACCAAGCAGUAUGAGGAUGGCCAGUGGAAGAAACACUGGUUUGUCCUGGCUGAUCAGAGCCUGAGAUACUACAGGGAUUCCGUGGCUGAGGAGGCAGCUGACCUAGAUGGAGAAAUUGACUUGUCCACCUGUUAUGAUGUCACCGAGUAUCCAGUCCAGAGAAACUAUGGCUUUCAGAUACAUACCAAGGAGGGUGAGUUCACCCUGUCAGCCAUGACAUCUGGCAUACGACGAAACUGGAUCCAGACCAUUAUGAAACAUGUGCUCCCAGCAUCUGCCCCAGAUGUGACCAGCUCAUUGCCUGAGGAAAAGAAUAAAAGCACAUCUUCUUUUGAGACCUGCCCAAGGCCAAAUGAAAAGCAAGAAACUGAGCCAGGAGAGCCAGAUCCUGAGCAGAAGAAGAGCCGUGCACGAGAGCGGAGGCGGGAGGGCCGCUCCAAGACGUUCGACUGGGCUGAAUUCCGCCCCAUCCAGCAGGCCCGGGCUCAGGAAAGGGCCAACACUGUGGGGUCCUCUGAUGCUGGUGAACCUGGGCGUCCUGAAGCCGAGCCAGGGGAGCUGGAGCGUGAACGAGCUCGACGGCGAGAAGAGCGCCGCAAACGCUUUGGGAUGCUGGACACCGUUGAUGGGCCAGGUAUGGAGGACACAGCCCUACGUAUGGACAUAGACCGGAGCCCAUGUCUGCUGGGACCCCCUGACCUCAAGACGCAGAAUGUCCAUGUGGAAAUCGAGCAGCGGUGGCACCAAGUGGAGACUACCCCUCUGAGGGAGGAGAAACAGGUGCCUAUUGCCCCUCUGCACCUGUCCUUGGAGGACAGAAGUGAACGGCUCUCCACUCAUGAGCUCACAUCUCUGCUAGAGAAGGAGCUGGAGCAGAGCCAGAAAGAGGCCUCGGAUCUUCUAGAGCAGAACCGGCUUUUGCAGGACCAGUUAAGGGUGGCCCUGGGCAGAGAGCAGAGUGCCCGGGAGGGCUAUGUGCUGCAGACUGAAGUGGCCACCUCCCCAUCGGGUGCCUGGCAGAGGCUCCAUAGAGUCAACCAAGACCUACAAAGUGAGCUGGAAGCUCAGUGCCGGCGGCAAGAGCUCAUCACGCAGCAGAUUCAGACCCUGAAACAUAGCUAUGGGGAGGCAAAGGAUGCAAUCCGGCACCAUGAGGCUGAGAUUCAGACUCUGCAAGCAAGACUUGGUAACGCAGCUGCAGAGCUGGCUCUUAAAGAGCAGGCUUUAGCCAAGCUCAAGGGUGAGCUGAAGCUAGAGCAGGGCAAAGUUCGUGAGCAGCUGGAGGAUUGGCAGCACAGCAAGGCCGUGCUGAGUGGCCAGCUGAGGGCCAGUGAGCAGAAACUCAAAAGUACAGAAGCCUUGCUGCUGGAGAAGACCCAGGAACUGAGGGACCUAGAAACACAGCAGGCAUUGCAUCGGGACCGACAGAAGGAGGUGCAGAGGCUGCAGGAAUGCAUUGCUGAGCUCAGCCAGCAGCUAGGUACCAGUGAGCAGGCCCAGCAGCUGAUGGAGAAGAAGUUGAAGAGGAACUAUACAUUGUUGCUAGAGAGCUGUGAGCAGGAGAAGCAGGCACUGUUGCAGAACCUGAAGGAGGUAGAGGACAAGGCCAGUGCCUGUGAGGACCAGCUACAAGGCCAUGUGCAGCAGGUGGAGGCCCUCCAGAAAGAGAAACUGAGUGAAUCAUGCAAAGGCAGUGAGCAGGUGCACCUGCUAGAGGAAGAACUGGAAGCCCGGGAGGCUAGCAUCCGCCAGUUAGCCCAGCAUGUCCAGAGCCUCCACGAUGAACGGGAUCUCAUCAAGCAGCAGUUUCAAGAGCUCAUGGAGCGUGUGGCCACAUCUGAUGGGGACGUAGCUGAGCUCCAAGAGAAGCUGAGGGGAAGAGAAGCUGACUACCAGAACCUAGAGCACUCACACCACAGAGUCUCUGUCCAGCUGCAGAGUGUGCGCACUCUGCUGAGAGAAAAGGAAGAGGAGCUAAAGCACAUUAAGGAAGCACAUGAGCGAGUUCUAGAAAAGAAAGACCAAGACCUCAAUGAGGCUUUGGUUAAAAUGAUUGCCUUGGGCAGCAGCUUAGAGGAAACAGAAAUUAAGUUGCAGGAAAAGGAAGAGUGUCUAAGGAGAUUUGUAAGUGAUUCUCCAAAGGAUGCCAAAGAGUCUCAGAGUACAGCAGAGCAAACAGAGGAGGACAGUGGCAUUUUUCCCCUAGGUUCAGUCACCAGAGUAUUUCCAGGCUUUCCCCACUCACAGCCAGAGGAUGAAGACCCAGGUGCUGGCCUAGGGGAGGAGUGUAGUAGUGGUAGCCCCAGCAGAGAGGAGAACAUGGUACCCCCAAAGUCUGUGGAUGUGCCUGACAGGGAGGGGCAUCUGCAAAGCACCUCUAAGUCUGACCAGGGAGCACCUGUAAAAAGGCCAAGAAUCCGGUUCUCCACGAUCCAGUGCCAAAGAUACAUACACCCGGAGGGGUGUGCAAAGGCCUGGACCAGCAGCACGUCAUCAGACACCAGCCAGGACCAGUCACCCUCAGAAGACAGUGUGUCCUCAGAAGCUACCCCUAGCACACUCCCUGCAGCGGCAGAUGCUGAAACAUACAUCUCUAUAAUCCACUCCCUGGAGACAAAGCUCUUUGUCACAGAGGAGAAGCUCAAAGACGUGACCGUGAGACUGGAGAGCCAGCAGGGCCAGAGUCAGGAAGCAUUGCUGACAUUGCACCAGCAGUGGGCUGGCACUGAGGCCCAGCUGCGGGAGCAACUCCGUGCCAGCCUGCUGCAGGCUAGUGCACUGGCCUCUCAGCUAGAGCAGGAGAGACAGGAGAAGGCCACAAACAUUGAACAUCACCCUGGGGAGCUGGAAGACUUCCAAGCCAAAAAUAGCCAAGCCCUAUCAUGCUUAGAAAACUGCUGGAAAAAGCUGAGGUCUCUGCCAUUUGCUGACCAGGAGGAGGGACAGGAUGCAUGUGCAGCCUCCCUGGCUAACAUAGAGAGUAUGCUUGUGAGUGCUAUAAAGGCCCUUCAGCCGUGGGCAUCCCCAGCAGACAGCAGGACACAGACUGAACAAGAGAAGGGGCACUCCAUGGAAAGUAGCCUGGCAACCCCUGUGCAGCAGCCCUGCCAGCCCAUAUUGAAUGAGCAGGAACAUAGGAAGUUGCUUUCUGCUCAGAUAGUCCUGGAGGCCUCACUUAUCAACCAAAUAGCUGACUCUCUGAAGAAUACCACUUCAGAUGUGUAUGGCGUUCUCUGUGAGCUUACUCAGUCAGGGGAGUGGCCACUGAAGGAAGAAAGUGCUGCCCUCUCUGCCGGGGCUCCGGUGGAGAUCUGGGCCAAGAAGGUGCUGGUGAAUGGUGAGUUCUGGAGCCAGGUCGAAUCCCUGAGCAAGCGCCUAGGGACACUGGGAGAAGCAGCAGCCUGCACAUCUGGAGACAGGCAGCAGCAUAUUCCCCAGAGUCUGGCUGAUGCCACGUGGAUUCGUGCAGAGCUCAGCUACGCCACACAGUCAUUAAGAGAAUUGUUCUACCACAGGCUACAGAGCAUACAGGAGACCCUACAGGGAACCCAAGCAGCCCUGCAGCAGCACAAGUGCAUGCUGGGAGAGAUCUUGAGAGCCUACCAAACCCCAGACUUUGAAAGAGUAAUACAGCAGAUCUUAGAAACUCUCAGGCAUUCAACUGGCAGGGAGGACCAGGUACAGACAUCCUGGGACCAGAGCCCCUUAGGAGAGGUACUGAGGCCAGGCACAGAUGGCUCCCAAGAGCCUUUGCAGGCUUUCCAUCAGAGCCCUGAAGUCCUUGCUGCCAUUCAGGAUGAGCUGGCUCAGCAGCUAAGGGAAAAGGCUAGCAUCCUUGAGGAGAUUUCAGCUGCCUUACCAGGCCUGCCUCCCACAGAGCGACUUGGGGGUUGCCAGAGGCUUCUGCAGAUGUCCCAGCAUCUCUCAUAUGAUGCUUGUCUAGAGGGCCUUGGUCAGUAUUCUUCAUUACUGGUUCAAGAUGCAAUUAUUCAGGCUCAAGUGUGCUAUGCAGCAUGCAGAAUUCGACUGGAGUAUGAAAAGGAACUGCGAUUUUAUAAGAAGGCCUGUCAGGAGGCCACGGGGGGCUCUUGCCAGAAGCGUGCACAAGCGGUUGGGGCCCUGAAGGAGGAGUAUGAAGAACUUCUCCACAAGCAGAAGAGUGAGUACCAGAAGGUGAUCACCCUCAUUGAGAAGGAAAACACUGAGCUCAAGGCCAAGGUGAGCCAGAUGGACCAUCAGCAGAGAUGUCUACAAGAAGCAGAAAGUAAACAUAGUGAAAGCAUGUUUGCCCUGCAGGGCAGGUAUGAGGAGGAGAUCAGGUGCAUGGUGGAGCAGCUGAGCCACACCGAGAAUACACUGCAGGCUGAGCGUAGCCGGGUUCUCAGCCAGCUAGACGCUUCCGUCAAAGACAGACAGGCCAUGGAACAGCAGCAUGUGCAGCAAAUGAAGAUGCUGGAGGACAGGUUCCAGCUGAAGGUCCGGGAGCUGCAGGCUGUCCAUCAGGAGGAGCUGAGGGCCUUGCAGGAACACUAUAUAUGGAGCCUGCGGGGAGCCCUCAGCCUCUGCCAACCCUCACACCCAGAUUCCCCACUGGCCCCGAGGCCAUCUGAGCCCAGAGCUGUGCCAACAGCCAAGGAUGAGGCCGAAUCCAUGACAGGGCUGCGAGAACGUAUCCAGGAGCUGGAGGCCCAAAUGGAUGUCAUGCGAGAGGAGCUGGGCCACAAAGAACUGGAGGGUGAUGUGGCCACCCUGCGGGAGAAGUACCAGCGGGACUUUGAGAGCCUCAAGGCGACAUGUGAGCGAGGUUUUGCCGCCAUGGAAGAAACACACCAGAAGAAGAUUGAAGACCUACAGAGGCAACACCAGCGGGAGCUGGAGAAGCUGCGGGAGGAAAAGGACCGCCUCCUGGCUGAGGAGACAGCUGCCACCAUCUCAGCCAUUGAAGCCAUGAAGAACGCUCACCGGGAGGAGAUGGAACGGGAGUUAGAGAAGAGUCAACGGUCUCAGAUCAGCAGCAUCAAUUCGGACAUUGAAGCCCUGAGGCGGCAGUACCUGGAGGAGCUACAGUCAGUGCAGAGGGAGCUGGAGGUCCUUUCGGAGCAGUACUCCCAGAAGUGCCUGGAGAAUGCACAUCUGGCCCAGGCGCUGGAGGCCGAGCGGCAGGCCCUGCGGCAGUGCCAGCGUGAGAACCAGGAACUCAAUGCCCACAACCAGGAGCUGAAUAAUCGCCUGGCUGCGGAGAUCACACGGUUGAGAACACUACUGACUGGAGAUGGUGGUGGGGAGUCCACUGUGUUGCCACUCACGCAGGGCAAGGAUGCCUACGAACUAGAGGUCUUGUUGCGGGUCAAAGAGUCAGAAAUACAGUACCUGAAGCAGGAGAUCAGCUCCCUCAAGGAUGAACUCCAGACAGCCUUGCGGGAUAAGAAGUACGCUAGUGACAAGUACAAAGACAUCUACACAGAGCUCAGCAUUGCGAAGGCCAAAGCCGACUGUGACAUCAGCAGGUUGAAAGAACAGCUGAAAGCAGCCACAGAGGCCCUGGGCGAGAAAUCUCCUGAGGGCACUGCCGUGUCAGGAUAUGACAUAAUGAAAUCCAAAAGCAAUCCUGACUUCCUGAAAAAAGACAGAUCCUGUGUUUCCCGGCAACUCAGAAACAUCAGGUCUAAGAGUCUGAAGGAGGGCCUGACGGUGCAAGAGCGCUUGAAGCUCUUUGAAUCCAGGGACUUGAAGAAAGACUAGCUGCGGCCUGUUCCACCUGACACAUCCUUCCCAGCUGGUGGCAGCACAAGCCGAGUGUGGCUUUCAUCUGCAUCUGUGCUUUUCCCUGUUGCCGUCAUUACUGUGGGUAUGGAUGCAUGAGAGACUGCUGUGUGGGGUGUUGGCUCCAUUCCCUUCCCUGGUGACUCCCACUUCCCAGUGUCCUUAUCACAGCUUUUCACCGUGGUCUUCUCAGAUUCGUCACGCUCAAGCAGUAGUGGGGAGGGCUUCCCCACCGACAUCUGAGCAGGACCCCUUGUCCUCCCCACACUCACUGUCAGUAUUAAGGCACAGCAGCCUGUUAAUAAGCUAGCCCUGCCUCAGAGUAGACAUGUGGGGACCUGCCAGUGGCUCCACUCUACCGCACACAGCUGAGCACCGCCCCUGCUGGUUAGAGCAGAGCCACCGAAUGUUCUAGUCUGGCCUGGUUGUUGAGGGGCCUUAGAUGGUGUCCAGCCUGCCCCCACUUCCUUUUGACCUGGGAGGACAGCAUUUUGUAUAUGGCCCACUGAUGCAGCUUAGAACCAUACCCCAGAUAAUCCUGGCAGAUCUUUCUCCACCUGGAAAAUGUUGAAAGCAACCAUUCCUAUUUUGGUUUUGUAUUAAAUCUUGCACAAAAGCCCCGGCCGGCCCUCUCCUUCCUUCCUUCCUCCCUCCGCUCGUGCCUCCCUUGGUAUGCUACCCUGGUGGCUGGGAAUGGGACCUGCAGCUGCAGCUGCACCUUCAGGCUUGUCAAGUGUGAUAACCCCUCCCCCUGGUCCUCAAGAGGAGACACAUUGCUGGGGUUUAACCUGGGAAGUUGUCAGUGUCGCUUGGGGAAGGAAUGAGAGGAGACCUGUAUGUGAAGACGGGCUAGUAAGAACAGCAACAUGUGCUUAGGACUCUUGAUUUGUCUGAGCUCUGGAAGGUUCCCUUAAAGUGUCUGCUUCUCAUGGAGCCAUAAACUGGGAGCCUGUGCUAACAAGUUUGCUCUUCUAGCUAGCUGAGCAGGACCUUUCUAACUACCUAAAGCAUUCCACAGUGUUUCUUUAAAAAACAAAAACUUAGCAGAGGUUUCUGUUCUCAUUAAAAACAUUCAUACCAUAAGAUGCAGCACACAAGAGUCCCCGUGUCUGAUGGGGGAGACAGUGGCUUCACAACUACAUCCUGAUGUCCUGAGCCCCAGGCCCCUGGCUCAAGCUUCCACUUUGUUAGUAUUGAGUAGGUUAAGUGGUCUCUGCGUGCACAAGUUCAACUCAUGUAUGAAUCCCCUCAGUUGGUCUACAUGAGUUCUGUUCAAGGUCAUCCACAGUGUCUAGCUGGCCUUGAAGUAGUCAGGCAAAACCCGCCAGAUAACUGCGUUGUUUGUGACAUAUCCAAGUGUGCUACUGCCCCGCAGACAAGCUCUGGGCACAUCCCCUUUGCACAAGUUUUAAAGUUCCUCACUAGCACAGUUACCAUUUAUGUUUUCAGCAUCGGGCAAGUGAGAUCUGUUGAAAACAAGCUGCUGCUGGAACUGUUUGGAGCUCAAGAGGGCCAUGGAGCAGCAUUGCCUGGCUGGGAUGCAGGGGCUGUAGUCUGUGUUGAGGGCUGCUGUUCUCUCGGGUGUAAUUCCUCUGCAGCUGUCCGGCUGCCCUCGGGACCCUUCAGCCCCAGUACCAUCAUCUUCCUGCCGUGCCACAGGGCCUUCUGAAGAUGCCAAGCCUGUAGGUCAAAAGAACAUUUACUUUUUGCUCUUCACCUUAAAACCCUUGGAUAUGACCUUUGCUAAGUACAGUACCUGGAAGUCAGAGGGAAGGGCUGGGAGAUAAGCUGCACCUAUCUCUUCUGCCACUCAAGCUUCCACUGAAAGCCCCCUUGCCAUGAUACAGCACACUCCACUCUAGCACUGAUUUCAUGUGUGGUGUUUGGCUUGUUGGCCAGAUACUGAACUGGCACAGUACAGGGAUGCCUGGAUCAUCUCCCACCACCCAAGCACUCUGAGCAGUAACACGGGAUCAGGAUGCAUCUUGAGUUUCUUGGCAGUGACUUCUGGCAGAAGUGAACCAGGAAAGAAGCUGGUCUUCUGUGUCCCUGGUGGCCAUAUAGGCCCACUGAAGCAUUUUACCUUGGACUGCUGCUGUCCUCUGUCAACUCCCUUCCCCCAGGCUGGGCUGGGCUCACUUUUGCCUGACCUUACAGGCAUGCCAUUGCCUAGAAAGAAGCUGAAGUUGGUAUAUUCCAGAGAGGAGGCAUCGAACAUGCAAGUAGAGUUGGUCCAGACAUCAGUGGAGGAGGAUGCUUGGCUAAGGAUGGGGUAGUGUAGAUGGGGUACAAGAAGACUCAGGCUGUUCCCAGCCCAGUCAGUGGCAUGCUUCCCUAUUUCAUGGUGGGAGCAGCAUUAAAAUGAAUAGACUUUAGAACUUCAUUUUCUUUUUAUUUCUUUUAUUUUCUUAUACAUUUGUAAUCUGCCAGCAUGUGCAAGCAAACUGCCAUUAUAGGGAACUACUUGACAUCAUUUGACAAAUGAUGUGAACACAUGCUUAAAUUCUAUCUUGCACAUGAUGUGGUGCCCAGUACCCGAGCAGAGAGCACAUCUUUUCACAGAGGGCUGCAGAUUCUCCAGUAUGGCUGUGUCCACAGAGCCAGGGCCAUAAUGGGAGGCCCAUUGUUUCAGGGAGAGCAGAGGCGGCCGAGACCUCAUAAAGUAGGAAAUCACCAGAGGGAAGGAGGCUGGGAGUGUGUGACUUCACUAAGGGAAAGCUAAAGUCAGAGUUGAACCUCCACUGGAUCCAUCAGAACACUGAACUAGAUGUAGUGGUUUAUGCCUGUACUCCUAGCUGGACUAUGUGACAAGGCUCUGACUCAAAAUACAGAUGGGCUAAGUAAGGGUAUAUAUAGCUUAAUAAUGAUAGAGCAACCGACCUAGCAUGUGUAAGGCCUAGGCUUCAACUACAGCAUUACAAAGAGCACCCUUGUGAACUUGAGAACAUGUGUCGAAAAGGAGACUGAGAAAGAUUUGACUAGGCACAAACUGGUGUAAAAGGAAGGUAUUUGAUGGGAUGUGUACUACUGUUAACUUCCCACAGAGGGAGAUAGUGCACUGUCUUCUACCUGGUACUGCAGAGACCUGAGCCCGCUCCUCACCGCCGACACCUAGCUGGUGCCGAGAGAAGUGGCUGGAUACCACACAGCCUGCCCUGUGUGUGUGUGAACUCGGGCAUCAGUGCAGAGCUUCCUGCAGGCCGGUCCCACACACCAAGUGCUCUUUCUCCUGAUCUCCAGCCAUACCCUGGCUUCCAAGAACAGGCUGGAUAAGCACCCAGAGGCCCCAUGCAACCUGACAUCAGGGAGAACUCUGGGGUCCCCACUCCUGCCUCCAUGUGAGUAUCCGGUGCAAGCUGCACACCAGUCAGCUGGCAGCUGCGGGUAGACUCAGCCCCCAAAUGCACAGUGACACCCUGUCCCCAGACUCUGCUGGUGGAGGGGACACUAGUUACCUCCCAGGUGACUGGCUGCACCUUGCAGAGCAAGAGGGUAGCAGUUCUUGCUAUGCUACAAAAAAAGUCAUCUUCUCAGCUAGUAAUAGACAACCAGUGCAGGGCUGCUGCAUACAGCCUUUCUCAAGGGAGCACCCGGCAUAGCACAGGGGGGCACUUGGCCUUUCCUGUAUAUCAGAGCAAGUAAUGUUAAGUAUUUCCAAGACAUGACACAGGGAUUUCGGUGCAAAGUUGGUGUGAGCUUUUAAAACAUCUUGUCUAGACACCCCUUUAGGAGGCAGUGCUGGAGUUAGUGCAAACCCCCCUCAAGCAUCAGAAGACCAUGAGUUAGCUAGAUACGGUGACUCACACAUUUAAUCCAGCACUUGGGAGGCAGAGGAGAGACAAGCUAAGUUCAAGACCAGCCUGGUCUACAAAGUGAGUUCCAGAAGUAUCAGGGCUACAUAGUAAAAUCCUGUCUAAAAAUAAAACAGCCCAAACAACAAAAAAGACAGCGUUAGUAACUAGUGUCUUUAAGGGUUUUACUUACUGGACAGAUGUUUUGCAGAGUAUCCUCUUAACCCACACUCAGGGCGAGCCCUUAGCAGUGCCCUGGUUCUUACUAAAAGCAUUCUGAGACUUUCGUAGAGUCACUCAAGAAAAACCAGGAAGAUGAAUGAGGACUUUUUGGCACCCAGCCUUCAGGCUUCUUAGUGUAUUUUGUUAGGGGAACUGGCUGGGGUCAUAGGCUGCUUCAGGUCUAGGUGCCUAGCUUCUGACAGAGCUGCAGGGCUGGACUGUGUUCUGAGCAGCCUGACCACCAGUCGAUACAUGCCUGGCUAUACACAGCAUGGGAGUGCAGAAGCCCCUGGCUGUGUUUCUGCAACACUGGUAAGGAGCCAGCCAGCCCAUCAGGAGAGAGUUUACAAACUGAAGGACUUCACAUCCUCUCCAGUUUCUGUGGGUCACAGGUGAGUCUGGUGCGGCUCCCAUGGUGGGGCAAGACUCCGUAGCCAGCCUUGGCCAUAAAGAGGUGCGUGCAACUGUGAGAAUCCUAGCUGACAGCCCACUCCAGCUUGCCAGUCAACAUGCCCUUGGCUCAUCUCUCCUAUAGAAGUUAGUCAUACCACACAUCUAAUUUUAUUUUAGCUAGGAAUAGAUUGUAAAGAACACUAAAACCACUAUUAGUUUCUAUCACAAACUUCAAUUUACAUGGAUUUUAAGUCACUUGUAAGAUUUACCUUUGGUAUUAAUGCCAGGAUUCAAAACCAGUUCUGUGGUACUUAACCCAUGUGGCUUUCUGUAGGUGUGUUACGUAGAAUAUUAAACAUCCCAGUCACAGUGGCUCCUUGACAAUCAGAACUCUGGGUAACCUUCCAUUACAGUGCUUGACUGGGGCUGGGCUGCACGUCUGCGAACAGGCACCUCCCAGGGCCACUUCGCAGCACUCACAGGCUUGGGCCAUCUCACCCGCUAUUUGGUUUCUGUUCUGAUACGGUCAGUCUGGUUGCCAGACUAAAAAUUACAUGUAGAAGAAAAAUGGAGCCUCACCGAGCCAGGGAGGCUGUGAGCACAGCUUCCCAGAACCAGCUUAGGCCUCAGUGUGUGUGCACAGGGUGUGGCCUUCCAGCAGAUAAAGUGUCCCCAAAUCCUCAUUCAAACAUUUUAUGAUUCAGUGUGAGGUGUUUCCUACAAAGUUUGUGGUCAGGUGUUCACUACAAUUGAAAUGUUAAUUUGUAGAAAUAUUUAUUCCUUUGUGUGACAAGCUAGAGUCCUUGGCUGUAGCUAACCAUUUUUAUUGUGUAAAUACUGCUUGAUUUUACAUGAACUGUAUCAUAAUAAACUAUUUUUGCAUUGCCCUCUG